GUUACGGAGAUAUCACACCCACGACGGGAUGGGGUUACCUCUGGGUGAGCAUCACCGCUUACUUCUGCCUGGCUAUGUACUCUCUGCCAAUCGGAGUGUUCAGUACAGCCAUUGCCGUUAACAUCGACAACGCGGCAUCCUACCACGAAAAGCGCGUGGAUAUGAAGGUGGUUAUGGUACGACAAAUACAGGUUUGGUGGCGCGCGCGUGCGUUACGUGCAAGAACACCCACCUCUCUUCGGUUGGUUAAUCGGACUAUGGAGGCAGCUUCGGGUCAUAUCGAAUACAAACUAAAUAGCGAUGCGUGA